UAGGAAAGAAAUGAGAAUGAAUACGGUGCGUCCAAUCUGUACCUGCCUGAACUAUCGCAAGAGGGCUUUUUAGUAUUUUCCUCACAAUUUAUUAACUAUACGCAGUUCCCAUUCGAUAAUAGCAGGCCCGAUGAAUUUUCUUUCCACAUUUCUCUCCCAUGUUCAGAAGUAAACUCCGGAUUUCUCUCCCACCGAAUCAACCACGUUCUCUCUUUCUUUGUUGAAAUGGAGAGAUCUUCGAUCUUCAUCCCUACGAUAUCUGCCAGAAUCCUCACUGCACUUUUCGUUUCCAUUGGUCCGAUUGUUUCUCAGUUUCUAUUCACCGUUUACACAUCCAAUUUUUCCAUGGAUUCAGAUGAUGGUUCAUCAAUGCAAACAGACCAACCAUUUCCGGAACAGGGAUUUGCUCCACCAUGUCCAGACGAGUCCAAACCUAGGGUCGGUAUGCUUUUUCUAAUUAUAGAAGAUGGAAUUGCAUUCUACAAUAAUUAUGCAGCGUUGGUUGGUUUUGACACACGGAAAAGCACUUCAACGAAGUCACGGGAUGGUGUUAUUGUUUGGCAGUAUGUUGUUUGCAACCGGGAGGGUCGAAAAAAUGUUUCUUCCAUGCCCAGGCCACUAGCACAAGACCGUGAAGAUUCAGACCCUAUUCCCAAAAAAAAGAGGAGAUGCAUCUCAAACCGUAUUGGAUGCAAGGCACGAGUGACAUUGAGACUAUCUGGCAAUGUUGGAUAUUCCAUUGUAUUUUUCGAAGAACACCACAAUCACCAUAUGCUGUCCGCUCCCUGUAGGCCAUUUUUGAAACUGAAUAGGAAUCUUGACAUUGGACACAAGAAAUUUAUCUUGAAUUGUGCAAAGGCCAAUAUUGGUACAAUGAAGUCUUACCGCCUGUUUAAAGAAUCUGUAGGUGGGUAUGACAACAUUGGAGCUACCGCAGUGGAUUUCAAGAACUUUAAGCGAGAUCUUAAAGCUUACAUAGCUGGUGGUGAUGCACAAAUGGUCAUUGACAAGCUUUUCAGGAAGCACGAAACAUGUUCUGCAUUUUUCUUUGAGUAUGAUGUCGAUGAAAGUGACCAACUUACAAGGCUAUUCUGGUGUGACCCCGUUGCUAGGAAGAAUUAUUCGUUGUUCGGGGAUGUUGUCUCAUUCGAUGCAACUUACGAGACAAACAGAUACAAUAUGAUUUUCGCUCCAUUCACGGGCGUAGACAAUCACUGUAAGUGCAUUACUUUUGGGGCUGGUUUGCUAACUAGGGAGGAUGACGAGUCAUAUUCAUGGCUAUUUCGUUGUUUCUUAAAUGCUAUGGGAAAUUCCCCGAAGUGCAUCAUCACUGACCAAGAUCCUUCAUUGCGAGGUGCAGCCCAAAAGUUUGAAAGUGCUAUGGACUCUCAACGGCAUAAAAAUGCUGACUUGAAUGCUGAUGAUGAAGCUUGUUACCCUGAAUUCAAGACUCCGCUGGACAUUGAGCACCACGCAGCAUCUGUUUACACAAUAACAAUUUUCUACGAGGUACAAAUGGAGAUAUCCGAAGCUUGCUUUUCUUGCCGUGUACUUCAUGUCGAUGAACUAGAUUAGAUGGCCAACAGAGCAUACCCCUUAUUAAAAACGUCGGCAAAACACAACGACGUGUCACGUAUUAAAUCUACCGUCAUUUG